AUGAAGACUACACUCGGCCUCUGUCUUUUCCUUGCUACCCAUGUACAUGCAGGUAUGACCGCCUUAAUGGUUGGAUCAAAAGAGUCUGGACACAUUUAGAAAGCAUUGCUCCUUCCAUCCCUACAUCAACGCCCGCUGCUCUGGACAGCUCACCGUUCGACAUGGAUGAAGAGCUGACCACAAUUGCCGCUUCAUGCCUGAGCCUUCAAGAGCACGAGCAACUAUUGGGUCAUUUAUUCAAGGGCUUUUAUGCGCGAAUUAGAAGUUACCAAUUGAUCCUAACAGCGGAGCAGAUCAUUGGCCUUACGGAAGUGCGCGCUGCUCUCGGAGAAGCCGAGCGAAGAGGAGGUCGCAGCCGCCUCCACUAUCGAGCAAUACUUUGAGUUGAGCGAGUCGCGUACAGAAAAUAUCAGUCUCGAUAGCGGCUACUUUUUUGAGAAAAAUUCGCCUCCCGUUAUCGCGUUCUUAGACAAAUGCUUUCCCGCCCUUCGCAACAUUUUUAAGCGAAAAUUUGAAGAGAUUUGUCGUCUAGAUGCACGAGGGACAGUAGACAGAAAAACAAUUGAUCAUUUCAUUCGCGAGUAUCACAUAAUUUUUGGCAAACUAUCCCGUGCGACUUUUUAAAUGCAUGGUAGAUAUUAUGAUGCAACAACCAAUGAGUGCUGGAAGGAGUUUUAGUAGGUAUUGUUGCACUAUUUGAAAUAUGUAUAUCAAUGUAUUGUUUACAAAUCUAUAAGAAUAUUUAGCAUACUUGUCGGAGAUGCCUUUCGGAAGACGCUUCUGCCAAUCGCCCACUCCAGAGUACCAAAUGAAUAUCAUCUUCUUGUGCAACUUUAAAACUUCAAAGUUGGAAAUGGUUGUUUCAGGACAACAGAGUGGGCAGUUCCCAGUUCGUGGGCAAUCCAGGCAGCAGUAUUUGGAUCGGAGUCUACGGUUCCGAGAGGAGCAUCCCCUUUUUGACGACAGAACAGGAACAGCUAGCGCCUAUUCGGCAACUACUGGAAGUUGGGCCGGCCAGUGGAUCAGUUCGGAGUGCGAGAAAGUGGAAAUGGCAUACAUGUGCGAUAUACCGAUUUUCUUGUUGAAAAGGAUGGUUGUGAUAAGACUGUUUGUGAGAAGCGCCCGUAAACUCCUCGUCAUUUUUCUUCUAUCUUCCUUCCCAUAGAUAAGCACUUUCAGUUGCAUACUCUUUGAAAAUGAGGUGCAUCGUCAUUUUCAUCGUUUUUCUCUCCUCGGCUUAUGCACAGAAUUUCGUAUGCACAAAUGGUUUCACACUAGUUAAUGACAAGUGUUUGAGACUGUUUUCGUCUCUCGUAAACCACGAAACAGCAGAGAGAACGUGCACAUCCUACGGCGGAAAUCUGGUCACAAUUAAAAACUCCAUCGUGAGUCCAACGUUAAAAUGAACCACAAAAUAUGUACGUUUUCCAGGAGAACCGUGCGAUUUCCACUUUCGUUGGCACCUCAGUCUCUCAGAUUUGGAUUGGUCUCUACUGUUUCAACAGUCUCCAGUCGGGAUGUCUGUGGGAUGAUGCGAGUGGUUCAGCAACUGUCUACGACAACUUUGCAAGCGGUAAUAUAAACGAGACUACUUAUGAUUGUUCCGAUUUUCAGGCUUCCCGUACGAAAGUGUUGGCAACUGCGUCUAUUAUUUGACAACUGGAAACUUGGCGGGACGAUGGGUGAGCGGAGAGUGCGAUAAUUUGUUGAGUGCGGCAGUCUGCGAGCUCCCGCCCACGUUUGCAGGUCUGAAACGCGGAGAGUCACUUUGAACCUGUUACCCAAAUUAUUUCAGAUAGUUGUAGUUACAAUUUCGACGGUAACUGUUAUUCGAUGCCCACGGGUCCUCAAACGUUUUCGAAUGCUCAACUCUACUGCGAAUCGCAAUCUGCCAACCUGGUCUCAAUUCACUCCUUCAAGGAACUCCGAUUCAUUAUCUCUACAUUCUCUUCGUACAACAGCAUUUUCCUCGGUGGUUUCUUGGUCACGACGAACAUGCCGAUCUGGAUAGACAGAUCUGCUUGGAAUUACAGUAACUUCGAUACCGGUUCCCUUUCCGCGGGAAACUGUAUAAAAAUGGCAACGUUAACAUCCGGUAAUUACUUGAAAGGCACUUGGUACGCUUCGGAUUGUGGAUCUAGCGGCUACUACGUCUGCAAGAGUCCAGCAGGUACGCAGAACACAACUACAGCACCUCCGGUCACCAUCAGCCCGUCGAGUUCCCCGUCUUGUAACACUACAAUUCUGAUGACUCCUGGCACUUUCACAUCACCUCAUUAUCCGUCUAAUUACGAUAACAACCUGUUCUGCACGUACAGUUUGGCUACUUUGGGAGCUUAUCGAAUCAACUUACAAUUCGUAUCGUUCAACACGGAGCAGAAAUUCGAUUCGGUGUUUGUGUACGACGGGAAUUCGUUGAACGCUCCUCAAAUCGGCAACCUGAGUGGAGGUCUCACAACUCCAAUCAACUUCCAAUCAACUGCAAAUACUUUGUUCGUCACUUUCAAAACUGACAACAGCAACGUUUAUUCAGGAUUCAGCGCCAAAUUCGCAGCUUUCUGA